AUGAGGGGUUGUGUAUUUUGUGCACCUGCCGCGCGACAGAGAUGUGGAAAUUCGACAGUCCGUCUUCGGCAGCACAUGUCGUCGGCGCACCGCCGACUUGGGCGGAAGCUUCACCCUCUCCUCCAUCCGGUUGCUCUUACAGGGCGUGCUGUGUGCCUUUGCUCGUCAUGUCGACCGACUGAAGGAGAAGCUUCAGUCAGAGGCACAGCGGGCGCAGUCGGACUACGUGCGCCACAUCAAGCGUAUCGUGAGCUACUGCGAGCCAACCGUGAUGAGCCAGCUGGAUACCGCGCUGCCGAAGUUCACUGGCGAGGGGGAGAGCGUUUCCAUGACGCUGAUUGCCAUGUACGGCCCUGA